UUUAUUUUUGGAGCGAGGUGUCGGGUGACUCAUCGCCACUCAGAUUCUCUUCGCUCGCAGAAGCAGCAGCGCGACGCUACGGACCCACAUUUCUCCCUCACGGCCGGACAGGAUUGAGAUGUUACAUUUUCGGUUCUCCACAGUCCUGAAGGAGUGUUUUGAAGCCACCUUGAAGCGUCCUUUCCCCCCCUGUCCUCAGACGAGCUGGUCCCCGGUCCCCCGGCAACGCCGCUGCUUCGCGUCUCUGCCCAGUGAUGCUGCCCGAGCGGCCGCCGCUGCGGCGCGCCGCGCCGCGCCCUGUGCCGCGCCGCGUCGCCCCUACUGCGUGAAAACCGAAGGCGCCGCGGCCGCCGUGGAGCUGGACGAGCAGCUGAAGAAGGAUGGAGCCGAAGGAGACAAGAGACGAAAUCCAGGAAUUCUUCCCAGUUUGGAGGAUCUGCUCUUCUACGCGGUCGCAGAAGGUCAAGAGAAAAUUCCUGCUCACAAGUUUCUCACCGCGCUGAAAGCUACGGGGCUUCGCACCGGAGACCCGCGCCUGAAGGAGUGCAUGGAGAUGCUGAAAGAGUCCCUGAAGAAGACCCCGGAUGGCGUCACGCUGGACCGGCACCUCUUCAAGAGGUGUGUCCAGAGCAACAUUGUCCUGCUCACUCAGGCCUUCCGCAAGAAGUUCGUCAUCCCCGACUUCCGGUCCUUCACCUCCCAUAUUGACGAGCUUUAUGAGAAAGCCAAAAAACUCUCUGGAGGACAGGUAGCAGAUUACAUUCCUCAGCUGGCCAAGUUCAGCCCGGACCUGUGGGCCGUCUCUCUGUGCACGGUGGACGGACAGAGGCACACCGUGGGAGACACCAAGGUCCCCUUCUGCCUGCAGUCGUGCGUGAAGCCGCUGAAGUACGCCGUGGCGGUUCAUCACCACGGCACCGAGUACGUGCACAGCUUCAUCGGGAAGGAGCCCAGCGGCCUGCGCUUCAACAAGCUCUUCCUGAACGAAGACGAUAAGCCCCACAACCCCAUGGUGAACGCCGGCGCUAUCGUUUGCACGUCGCUCAUUCAGCACCAUGCCAGCAACGCAGAGAAAUUUGACUAUGUCAUGAACUUUCUGAAAAAGAUGGCAGGAAAUGAAUACGUUGGUUUCAGCAACGCCACAUUCCAGUCGGAGCGCGAGUCAGGAGAUAGAAACUUCGCCAUCGGAUACUACCUGAAGGAGAAAAAGUGCUUCCCUGAAGGAACCGACAUGACGUCCGUGUUGGACCUGUACUUCCAGCUGUGCUCCAUCGAGGUGACCUGCGAGAGCGCCAGCGUCAUGGCGGCCACCCUGGCCAACGGCGGCAUCUGUCCAAUCACAGGCGAGCGCGUUCUGAGCCCCGAGGCGGUGAGGAACACGCUGAGCCUGAUGCAUUCCUGCGGGAUGUACGACUUCUCCGGACAGUUCGCCUUCCACGUCGGGCUGCCCGCCAAGUCGGGCGUGGCCGGCGGCAUCCUGCUGGUCGUCCCCAACGUGAUGGGCAUCAUGUGCUGGUCGCCGCCGCUGGACAAGCUGGGCAACUCGGUCAGAGGGAUUCAGUUCUGCACGGACCUGGUGGAGCUUUUCAACUUCCACAACUACGACAACCUGAGACACUUCACCAAGAAGCACGACCCGCGCAGGGAGGGAGGGGACCAGAGGCAACAGAACUUUGGAGCCAUGGAUUACGAGAGCCUCCAACAGGAGCUCACGCUGAAAGCGCCCCUGUGGAAGAAAGUGUCUCCCACAGAGAGCGACCAGGACUGCUCCACCACCGUAGUCUAUAGGAUGGACAAAGCCGGCGAGUGAAGCUCGCCGCCCGCCUGCUCCUCACACAAAUAUUUAUAUAUAUAACAUGUCCAGGAUUAUUUAUUGCUUGUGAAGCCGUUACUGUUUGGACGGGCCGGGGGAACUUUAUUAUUAUUAUUCUUUUAUUUGGUUCAUAUUUGCUCUGAACUUUGAUAUCGGGUCACUUCUGUCUCAGAGAUCUGAUCUUCAGGCGCUGCUUCAGCGACACGUUACCCCCCCCCCCCCCAUCCCCGGUUCUGCAGGGUCAGAUUUUUAUGUGUUUCUGUAAAACGGGUCGGCGUCUGAGGCUCCGCCUCCAGGAGGAUAAAACAAAACAAGCAGCCAAUGAGGAGAGAGAAAGGCGUCCAGGAAGAUUUAAAUCAUAUUUGCACAAAACGACGAGUGUUAGAAGGUCAUGAUGUCAUGAAGCGUUAAAGUGACGCUGGGAAAGUUUUAGAUGCAGAACUAAGAAAACUAAAUCUUCCCUUUUUUAAUUUAGUUUGCUGGAGAAAAGAUUUUAAAACUAUGAAAUGCCAAAAAUAAAACAUCAUGCAGUGUUAGUUUCUGAGAAGGUGCAGUUGUUGAUCCAAAAGGUUCUGUUUGGGCCGUGGACCGCUGCAGGUCCUGGUCCGGUCCGGUUCUGGUCCGGUCCGGGUCAGCGCUCUUCAAAGCCGACGCUUUGGUGCAGAAGUUCUGAUUUAAACGCCGUCGCCGACACUAACUGGGCUUUAAAGCUUAAGGGGAACCGCCGCCGUCCGGUCCUGGUUCUGGUCCGGUCCUGGUCCGGUCGGUCUGCGUUCCUUCAGUCAGUCAGAGGUUUUUCAUCUACAGAGAAGUUUAACGUCUGCGUGUUCCAGGAACCGUUUUAUGAAACUGAGUCUAACUGGUUGAUGGAGGUAAAUGUGAUCCGUGUCCAGAACCCGCUCCGUAGAAUAAACCCGGCUCUGGGCCCAGCGUGGUGCCGGAGACGGAGCCUGGGACGGGUCUGCAGGUUAGAUUCUGCUCCAGCAGCUCCACCAACCAACCAACUCCACACAUGGGGCCCCUGAGCCAGACCCUUGGCCCCAGAUUGGUCCCCGGCGCCAACAUUUAGGUUUAGUUAUUUAAAAUGAGGAAAUUAUCCUUUAGUUUCUAGACGGCUGUUUAUGGAAAGGUGGCUCAAUACACAUAAAACCGCUUCAUUUAAGUGUUUCUGCUUCAUGGCGCUGAUGGCGUUGGUGGAGCUGACGGCGUUCCAGGGAAGAACGGCCGGGUUCUCUAGCGUCUCAUUAGUUCAUGCAUGCUGGUGUCGGUCUGCACCAAACAGCCUGAGGCCGCUUUAAACACUGACAGGAGGGAUUCGCACCAACACAGCAUGACCACAUAUUAAUUUCCCAUGAUCCUCCACCAGGAUCAGCGCUAACUGACCAAAGCUCGGCAUCAAGUACAGGAGCGAGCCGCGAGAAAAGGAGGAGCUGCUGCUGUUUUCUUCAUCCUCUGGGUUUUUAUUCUCCUUUUUCCUGGUUUGAUUCCUGCAGCGUUGUCAGUAUUAUCUGAGCCGUUCUGAAUGUACGCAGCAGCUGCUGUAAAUAGUUUUAUUAUUUUGGGCGCGUGAGGCGACGCCUUCAGGCUCCUGUAGGGACCGCAGCGGCUGGGACCAGCCGGGUCCUGCAGGUUCUGCUGGUUUUAGCUGAUUAAAGGAUUAAAGCUCAGAGUGGAGCAAAAAUCUCAUGUAAAAAAAAAAAAAAGUUCAUUUUCUGUCAUAUUGUUCUCUUUGAUUUUAUUUUUGUCUGUUCUUCUUUAGGUGGAAUAAUUCAAAAGCCUCGGCUGCAUUAAUGCCCUUUUAGACUUAUUUCCUGUUACAGAUUUGGCUUUUUAGGAUAACAUCUGCCGGCAUCAGCAGGCGGUUUAUAAAUCAACGUUUUAGCAUCUCAGUCCCAUCGUCUAGGAGACUUCUUCUCUAUAUUUUAAGUUUAAAUUAUAUUUAUCCACUGUUUACAAAUGAAAUUAUGUAAGAAUAAAAUAGAAAUGACAGUGGGGACUGGAUGGCAGAUGGAAACAGAUUCAAAGUGAAAAUAUAAAAAAGAAGCAUAAAAUGCUGUGCUGUAGGGGCAAAAUUACAACAUCAGAAAAACCAAUUAGUUUUAAAAAGUGGCAGCCACAGAUUUAAAUAAUGUGCAAAACAAGUUUGUAUAUUUCUGUAUAAAGAGACAACAACACUACAAGAUGCAGUUCAGAGGAAAAGAGCUUUAGAAAAACUAAACUGUCCGUCUGACAGUCGGCUCAGACGUUAAUAAAAUGCAGGGUGUUGUUUCUGAGAGAGAAGCACAAAUUUAGUCUCUUUUAUUUUUUAGGUGGAGCUUUAAAACGGUGCCAAAAUUAACAUUUAAAGAUGUUUCCCCUGUUUGUGGCAGCUAAUUAAAUUAAAUCACCAGUUAACUGAACAGAAACAGAUUGAGCUGUUUUCUGAACCGUCAGGUGAGCUUCCUGCAGUUUAACUGUUUGGCCUUUAUGUGCUGAGACGAGGCUUUUGGUCCAGUAUCGCAACAGGAAAUACAUUUUUAACCUUUUACAAUAAUCCUGGUACAAAGAAGCAGCUCCAAGAAAAAAAAGUAAGGAGGAUAUUUGUGUUCCUUCCUACCGUCGAGCUGACGCUUCAGUUCCUCCUGGUUUGGGUCAAAAACCACAAAUAAAUGAAAUAAUGUCGCGCUGGAAUGUAAAUUAGCUCCGUAGAUUAGUUUACAUGACUUCUCUCACUUCCCAAACUUCUGACAAUAUAAAGUGUGAUGCAACAUAAUAUCAUCAACUUAGAAAUGAAUUUUAAGGAGAUUGUGAAAGGUUUAUUAUAUAUAAGAUAAUAAGGGCUCCAGGGGUUGAUCCCUGAGGAACGCCCUGUCUGCAGAGUCUGCUGCGAUUAAAAGCCUUAAAGAGAGCCAAUAAACGGAUGACUUUCUUGGAAGGAAAUUAGAUGUUUAAUUUCCAACUCUUUGUGUUUUUGGGAUUAAAUCUGAGGGGCAGUGAUGUCACACUGGCUGCGUCUCCUUCCAGCCAAUCAGCGAUGAGGAUCUCACUGAUCGUCUCUUAAUACCCAACAUGUGAUUUUAAACGCAUGAAAUUAAUGACAGCGGGGCUUUUGAAUCUUCUACUGAUUGUUUCCCAUUAAAAUCAUCUUUUUUUUUGUUUCUGCUCGUGUUAUUUUAUGGUUUCAUUUGUUUCUCUGAAUUCUCGUCCUUUUUUUCUUGCAUGCUCAGUUUUGUAAAGACUGUUAAACGUCUUUGAAACCUUUCAUGCAUUUCUUUUGUUUUAUGUUGAUUCUUGUGCUGAACGUCUUUUUUUUUUCUUUGUAAAAUGAAAACUACAGAGACAACUUAAAUAAAAUAAAAUAAAGAUCACUACCCCUACAGGCUGGGCUGGAAGUGUGAGGUUCUCUAAGGUUGUGGAUUGGGUCGAACUUAACGAGCAAAGCUUUGCUGAUCGUUGGGAUGAAAUAAAUGUGAAACAAAGUCAAAACCUCACAUUUCCAAGUUCACAUCAUUGUUUUAUGUUUGUGAUUCUGUGUGAAAAGUCUCCAUCAGUCCAUGAACUCUCCUGUCUGCUGGUUGAAGCUUCGCUCAUCUCUGGCAGACAUGACGGUGAAAGUUCAUUUUCUUUUUCUUGUUUUUGCCAUUUUUGUCUCAUGUAUGAAAUAAAAUAAAGCACUUAUCCAUCA